GGAAUUAUGCGUGGUGAAUUUCUUCAAAAUCAGCUGAUUAGUGUUUUUCCUAAAACAAGCGAAGUAAAUAAAUUUGGUUUUUAUUGCUUCCACCCUUUUAUUGCUCUAUUUUCUGCUUGUUAACUUAAUAAUACUUUUUAAAGAGUUUUGAACAAAAAAAAGUGAAGGUUAAGCAGUUUUAAUUAUUGUAAAAAUCCUAAAUCAAUGCUGUCCAGCAAAAUCAUGUCCACGACAACGAAACUCGCUGCUUUGAGGAGCCUCAUGAAGAAAAUUCCCUCCACUGGAGAAGCAAUUGAUGCCUACAUCAUUCCUACGGAUGAUGCUCAUCAGAGUGAGUACAUUUGUGAGCACGAUGACAGACGUAGCUAUAUUUCUGGCUUCGAUGGGUCUUCCGGAACUGCUGUUGUGACCUCAAAUGAGGCCUUUCUGUGGACAGAUGGUCGUUACUAUGAUCAGGCAAACAAGCAAUUGGAUGUCAAUUGGACCCUGAUGAAAGAUGGUCUUCCUACAACUCCAACAAUUGGUGCCUUUCUAGCAAAGUCCCUGGCUAAAGGAUCUAAAGUUGGUGUAGAUCCCAAGCUGAUUUCUUUUCGCACCUGGACACCCAUGAAGAACGAACUCGAAGCUGCAGAUUGCAGCCUUGUACCUGUCAGGGAAAACCUAGUGGACGCCAUUUGGACUGAUCAGCCACCUCAGACAUCCAACAAAACCAUUGUCCACGAGCUGAAAUUCACUGGAGAGACUGUGAAGAAUAAGCUCGAAUCCAUCCGGACAUCAUUGACAGAGAAAAACGCCGAAGCCCUUGUCGUGACUGCUCUGGAUGAAAUCGCAUGGGCCCUAAAUCUCCGAGGUUCAGACAUCCCCUACAAUCCAGUGUUUUUUGCUUACCUCAUCAUUACCCUUGACAAAGUCUUCCUCUUCAUCGACAAAGAGAAACUCCCGGAGAAUUUCUCGCGUCAUGAGACGGAGAAUGAAGUGAAGAUUGACGUGAAGCCUUAUGAUCAAGUUGAGUCGUUCCUUGUUCAAUUGGUUGAGCAGACAACAGGUAAAUUCUGGAUUUCACCAACAUCCAGCUACUGCUUGAAUCACUUGAUUCCGGAGAAGAGACGAGUUCAGGAGAUUACGCCAAUCAAUCUCCUUAAGGCAAUUAAAAAUGCCACAGAAAUUGAAGGCUUGAAGAACUGCCAUAUCCGCGACGGCCUGGCCCUGUGUCAGUACUUUGCCUGGCUCAGUGAUGCUGUGGCCAAGGGAAAAGCUGUCGAUGAGAUUUCCGGUGCGUCUGUACUGGAGGGUUUCCGGGCAAAGCAGGACCAUUACAUGGGACUCAGUUUCACCACCAUCAGUUCUUCGGGACCAAAUGGGGCAGUAAUUCACUAUCAUCCGGCAAAGGAGACAAAUCGCCCGAUCACCAAGGAUGAGAUUUAUCUUUGUGAUUCUGGAGCUCAGUACAAAGAUGGAACAACAGAUGUUACUAGAACUUGGCAUUUUGGAACACCAACAGCUUAUCAUAAGGAUUGCUUCACGCGUGUCCUCAAGGGACAAAUCACCAUUGCAACAGCAAUAUUUCCUAGAAAAGUCAAAGGUCAAAUGCUGGAUAGUUUGGCAAGAAAGGCUCUUUGGGAUGUUGGAUUGGACUAUAAACAUGGAACUGGCCAUGGUAUUGGACAUUUCUUGAAUGUUCAUGAGGGACCCAUGCAGAUUUCAAUGCGCGUGACUCCAGAUGAUCCAGGACUUCAGGAAAACAUGUUUAUGUCCAAUGAACCUGGAUUUUAUGAAAGCGACAAUUUUGGCAUUCGUAUUGAAGACAUCGUGCAAAUUGUGAAGGCAGAUAUAGCACGUGACUUCGAUGGACGAGGAGCUUUGGCUUUUGAGACAGUUACAAUGUGUCCCAUUCACACGAAGAUGAUUGAUGUUUCCAUGCUGACGGAAAAAGAGAGAAAACAUCUCAAUGAUUACCAUAAGCGUGUCUUUGAGACUCUUGGACCACUUUUGAAGAACAUCAACGAUGACUUCACUUAUGAGUGGUUGGCGAAGGAGACGCAGCCGAUAUAAUUUUUUUUUUAUCAAUGACGGCAUUUAAGUCACACAAACUGUUUUUUUUAUUAGAGCAAAUGAAAUACAAAUAUGUGUGAUUCACUAUCAAA